CCGGCAUCCAAACGCCGGUCUAGGUUGUUACAGUUCCUUCAACACUCAUAGCAUUUUUUCUGAUGUGCCCUAUACACUAUGGUCUCUAGAUCGAGCGACACUCAGUAAUACUUGCAUCCGCUAUUACCCGAUGAGCCCCAAACGGGGUAUGGCGCCGGUCCAGGCAUACGGCAAAGCAUGUCUUCACCACCAAAUACUGCUGCUUCAUUAAAUCACUAACAAUGUCGUAUAGGCUUGUGAGCAAUGCUUCAAAUCAAAAUCAAAAUGUGUCAAUACUGGUCAAGGUCACACUUGCCACCGAUGCCACCGACUACGCAAAACCUGUAUAUCCCGAGGCGACACAAGGGCUCUGAAAGCUCAAAAGAAUAAUCCGAUUAAUAGAAUUGCCCAACUAGAGGGUAAAAUAGACAGUAUAGUAUCUCUACUUGGAGCUGGAGCCACAACAGACUAUCAAAUCACAACAGCACAGCCAUCACCACCGCCAUCUCUACUCAGCUCAUCACAAUCUCCCGCUUCUUCACUGCCAUUAUUCGACUUUCAGCUAUAUAGUACAGAAGCCACGCAGUACCUCGAAAUCUUCCGGCAUCAAAUGCUGAAAUACUUCCCAUUCUUAAGCAUCACAACGGACGUCCAAACCCUGCGCCAAGAACGUCCAUUUCUAUUUCUUUGUGUCGUUGCAGUGGCUACCCCAUCGACACAAGUAAAGAUGGUCCUAGGGAAAAGGAUAAAGCAGACACUUGCAGACCGCAUAAUAUUAGAGCCCACCAAGACAACAGACAUCGAUCUACUGCUCGGUCUGCUGACAUUUCUCGCCUGGGGCCACGACUAUCUCAUAAACAAAAACCCAGCAAGCUUAUCUCGAUUCAUGCAGCUUGCCAUGACACUAGCAUUUGAAUUGAGACUCAAUAAACCACCACUUUCAGCAGAAUCAAAUCUGCUUCCAGUCGGGAGCCAAAGUGGCGAGUGCUCUGGCGCACUCUGUAACUCGACCCGGUCGCUAGAGGAAAUGCGUGCCUUGCUAGGCUGCUUUCUGAUGAGUUCCAUUAUAUCUUCGUACCUGGGACACAUCGACCCUCUACAGUGGACUCCUUACAUGGAAGAAUGUCUGGAAUCUCUGAGGAUAAACAGUGAGUGUCCUGGCGAUGACUCUCUAGUAUGCCAUGUUCAGCUGCAGCUUAUUGCCAACGAAAGUGACUGUGCUGUUGCGACAAAAACACCACCCAUAUUCUACGUCAAGGCUUUGAUAGAAAAGCUGGAUAGAAUAAAUGUGCCAAUUCCUCCUUCCAGUCAAACCGAUAGGAUUCUAUUAGCGUCUGUCUACUACACUCAAAUUGGCAUUUUCAGCAAAGCAUUAUCUGAUCUCUCUUCGCCUGAUAUGAAAAGAAUUGAGCAUCACGGGGCUUGCAUCAACACUAUACGGAUGGCUCUCGACAACUUCUUUGACGUGCCUAUUUCCGAGUAUUCUGGCACAUCAUUUCCGUUCUUUGCACAUCUUGCACGUUCCAUUGUAGUCCUCUAUAAACUUUCAACUAUGAAGAAUCUGAUCCUAGAUCGGGCUCUGGUAUUGUCAUCAGUGGACAUUCUGCAUAUUCUCGAUAGGCUGAUUCAGAAUAUACAACAAGCUAGAAGCAGAGAUGGAGAAGAAUCUGCUGGAGGACUCUUGGACCGAUCUAUGGAAAUAUUUACUUCUGUGAGAUCUUGGUGUGCAAUGCGACUUGCUGAAAUGAAACAAUCAGAAUCAAAUCCUAGCACGACAGAGCUCAGCUUUACUGAUGCAAGUCUGUUUGACUUUUUCCCCUUUGAAGAUUCAUGGGUCCGGAAAUAGCGUCACUUCUGAAGCAUGGAAUAGCUGUUGAUUAUAAUUAUCAACGUCAAUCUAUAGGUUUAGGGUCUAUUAUGGGAGAUUCGACUAGUAUACAGUAUCAUCUUAUGAAACUCUCAGGUUAUGUCUGAAGUGCCUUGGAACCAAUUUCAACAAGCUCAUUGUUUGUAUACGAGCUUUUGGUAAACCCUGCAACUGCGAGUUCAAUUACUGAUGCAGCAAGUUGUUCGCGACUAAUAUUUGCAAACGCGCGGGUGAAAAGGUUGGUGAAUGAAAACGCUGCGGAUGCCAUGCUCCGAACAACAGAGGUCGGCGCGGUGACUACGCCGG